ACCCCUUAUCAGCAGAGCUAGAUUCCCAACCCCCAUUUAUACUGCUACAGAUUUUUUACGACGACUGCUUGACUACUUAUUCAUGGACAAAUCAGCGGAGAGGAAGCGAGCCGAGCAUGCCUCACUUGCUCGAGUAGCAGCGUGCUUGAUAAACGAACGCUUCGUGACCAUCACUUUCAGUGAUGAAUAUAUCACACUCUCACACCCGGACACGAACGAGAAGGUCCUCAUCCACCUUCCUCAACCAUUCCUCUUCGAAGAUAUCCUCGAUGCCUCGGAACUACCAGGCCAUGUCACCUACAAGGGAGAUGCGGUACAUGAUGGGGCACAAUUAAUUCGCAUCAUUGGAAAAUGGACCAACAUAGAGUAUGGGAUAUUGAAAAGAGUAUGCCGGGAGUUUGAUAACUCGGUUGCUAAUAUGGAGCUUGCAUACGGCCGCCAACUAUCUCUUACUUAUGACUCCCCCGCCAUCGAGUGGGAACAGGCUCUCAUCGAAGCUCACGGUUUGCAUCCCUGGCACAAGUGUAGAUAUCCCGAAGUAGGACAUUUUCUGGACGCAAAGCUUUACUUUGUAACUAUUCCCCGCGAGGGUGUCACAGUUGUUGGGGACUACGAUGAACGUAUUCGGCGAAUCGCUCCAAUCGAGCAAGUCGACGACGAUUCUAUCAUCUUUCCUGUUCAUGAACUUCAGUUGCCCCGCGUCAAAAGUGAAUUCCCCCAAGCCAAAGUCUUGGAUAAGACAAUUACCGGCCGAUCACAGAGCUCUGUGAGAACCAUCACAAUACCUGGCGCUGACUGCUGCGUCAAGAUGCCGCUUGCUUUGAAAAUCACAUCUAAUGUCCGUACCAUCAAACCUUGGUCCAUCACAAUUGGCUAUAGACUGCAGCCGGUCCUGCAUUUGGUUGAACAAGCAGCCGAAUCGUUUGGCGGCUCUCUGACUGUAAUUCGCGAAUAUGGAGCCGCGUCAACUUCGAGCCUGCACUUGGGCUGCGUUCUCCGUCAAAGCCUUGAAUCAAUUGAAGCGGAGACUGGAGAUAAAUUGAUUGUUUGCGUGGCACUGAUGGAACAUCUUCACCUAGUUUGGGCACCUGAGACGCUCGAAGAGAAGCUUGAGCUGCUUCGAGAGUUCUGCCACCAUCUAUUCCGCGCAAUUGCGCCCUCCGUUCUGCUGUAUGGCUUUGCACUGCAGGCUCAUGCGCAGAAUCUCCUUAUCAGGCUACAUCCCGAAACCCGGGCGAUUCAUGGGUUCUAUAUUCGGGACUUUACUUCGUAUCGAGUGCACCGAGAGUCCUUCAUAGAAGCCAGUUCACUAGAUAUUGACACCACAUCAUUCAUAACCACCAUGGAUUCGCGGGACAAGGUUUACAGGUAUAUGCACACUGUGCUUCAUACCCAUGUCGCUUCUAUGGUCCUUGCAUUAAAAGUCGGUGAUGCCGGGUGGAGGGUCGCCCGACAAGAGCUGGAAAAGAUAAUUCCAGAGAAUGACGAGUUGGCUUUGGAAUGGCUGAACAGCCCGUGUGUUGAAGCCCGAGCGACUCUUGCAAUGCAAAUUUAUGGCGUCGACAAGGAAUUAACGCUAGUGCCUGUUACAAACCGCUUCUAUUACUGCCAGCAUAAAUAGACUAGGUAUGAAGUAUUAAGAAUGCGCUUUAUUCUCUUGCUAGAUUGCUAUAGCCACAUGAAUUAACCCUAAAUGGAAG